UGCACGUCCUGAAGAACAUGAACCACACAGAUCUCGCUAACACACUGCACAACAAACUCGCCUCUGUGUAUCAGCCAAAGUUAAAGUCCAAUCUGAGAGAGAAGUUUAAAAGAAUUAAUGAAGGAAUCUCACAGCAUGGAAGCUCAACACUUCUGAAUGAGAUAUACACAGAGCUCUAUAUCACAGAGGGUUGGAGUGGAGACGUCAAUAAUGAACAUGAGGUGAGACAGAUUGAGGCAGCGUCCAGGAGACCAGCAACACAGGAGAAACCCAUCAAAUGUAAUGAUCUCUUUAAAGACAAGUCCAUCAGAACUGUGCUGACUAAAGGAGUUGCUGGAAUUGGAAAAACAGUCUCUGUGCAGAAGUUCAUUCUGGACUGGGCUGAAGGAAAAGUAAAUCAGGACGUCUUCUUUAUGUUUCCACUUCCCUUUAGAGAGCUGAAUCUGAUGAAGCAGCAAAAUCUCAGUCUGAUGAACCUUCUUCAUCACUUUUUCCCAGAAACAAGAAAACUAGAAUCAAUAGAUUGUGACUCCUACAAAGUGGUGUUGAUCUUUGAUGGUCUGGAUGAGUGUCGACUUCCUCUAAAUUUCCAGAAGAAUGAGAUAUUGCGUGAUGUGACAGAGUCGGCCUCAGUGGAUGUGCUGCUGACGAACCUCAUCAAGGGGAAUCUGCUUCCCUCUGCUCUCCUCUGGAUAACCACAAGACCAGGAGCAGCCAAUCAGAUCCCUCCUGAGUGUGUAGACCAGGUAACUGAGGUACGAGGCUUCAGUGAUUCUCAGAAAGAGGAGUACUUCAGGAAGAGGAUCAGUGACCAGAGCCUGGCCAAUAAAAUCUUCACACACCUGAAGUCUUCAAGGAGCCUCUACAUCAUGUGCCACAUCCCUGUCUUCUGCUGGAUCUCAGCCACUGUUCUAGAGAGAAUGUUGGGUGAAGCAGAGGGUGGAGAGAUCCCCAAGACUCUGACUCAAAUGUUCACACACUUCCUGAUAUUUCAGAUCAAACACAAGGACCAAAAGUACCAUCAGAAAUGUGACCCUGAUCCUCAGCAGACCAGAGAGAGUAUCAUGGCACUGGGAAAACUGGCUUUCCAGCAGCUGGAGAAAGGAAACCUGAUCUUCUAUGAGGAAGACCUGAGAGGAUGUGGCAUUGAUGUCAGAGAAGUGUCAGUGUACUCAGGAGUGUGUACCCAGAUCUUCAGAGAGGAGUUUGGUCUUCACCUGGGGAAGGUGUUCAGCUUCGUCCAUCUGAGUGUUCAGGAGUUUCUGGCUGCUUUAUACGUAUUUUUCUGCUUUAUUUUAAGAAAUACAAAUGUGGUUGUGGAGCAAAGCACCGGACUUUUUAAUUUCUUCAGAAAUCCAAACAUGUCUGAUCUCCUCAGGAGUUCACUGGACAAGGCCUUACAGAGUGAGAAUGGACACCUGGACCUGUUCCUCCGCUUCCUUCUGGGUCUCUCACUGGAGUCCAAUCAAACUCUUUUACGAGACUUAAUGCCACAGACAGGAAGCAGAUCUCACAGCAAACCAGAAACAGUGAAGUACAUCAAGGAGAAGAUCAGGGAGAAUCCAUCUUCAGAGAAAUCCAUCAAUCUGUUCCACUGUCUGAAUGAACUGAAUGAUCACUCUCUAGUGCAGGAAGUACAAACUUACCUGAAUAGAGAUUAUUACAGUCCUCUCAGACUCUCUCCUGCUCAGUGGUCAGCUCUGGUGUUUGUGUUACUGAACUUAGAACAGGAGCUGGAUGAGUUUGAUUUGAGGAAAUAUGAUCCAUCACAUGAAGGUCUUCUGAGGCUGCUGCCAGUGGUCAAAGCCUCCAGA